AUGUGUUUCCCGGAGUUCUGUGAGCUGCUCCAGCCAACCAAGGAUUGUGGGAACCCUGAGGUGAACCCCUCAGUCAGAAGCAUGGGUACACCCACCGUGUGGACAGCCCAUGUCCUGCUCGUCCGUCGGUCCAUCGGUGUCUGCAGGGUCCCAGGAGUGCAGAGCUCGGAGUGCGGCAAGCGCUCACGGCCACUGGCCCGCUGGCCUGGGCAGUUCCUGACCAGGCUGACCGAGAGGUUCGUGCUGGGCGUGGACCUGUUCGUGGAGACGCUGUGGAAGGUUUGGACGGAACUCUUGGACGUCCUGGGGCUGGACGUCUCCAACCUGUCCCAGUACUUCAGCCCGGCCUCGGUGGCCAACAGCCCGGCCCGCGCCCUCCUGCUGGUGGGCGUCAUCCUCCUGGCCUACUGGUUCCUGUCCCUGACCCUGGGCUUCACCUUCGGCGUCCUGCACCUGCUGUUCGGCCGCUUCUUCUGGGUGGUGCGGGUGCUGCUGUUCUCCAUGUCCUGCGUGUACGUCCUGCACAAGCACGAGGGCGAGCCGGAGCACGCCGUGCUGCCGCUGUGCUUCGUGGUGGCGGUCUACUUCAUGACCGGGCCCAUGGGCGUCUACUGGCGCGGCAGCUCCGGCCCCGGCGGCCCCGGCGUGGAGGAGAAGCUGGAGCACCUGGAGAACCAGGUCAGACUGCUCAACAUCCGCCUCAACCGGGUGCUGGAGAGCCUCGACCGCCCCAAGGACAAGUGAAGGUCAGCCGGCCCGCCCGGCCCUCCGGCGCCAGCGCGGGCCCCCGGGAGACAGAGACGGAGGAAAAAGAAACCGCCAAACCCCACACCAUCCUAAUAAAUGCGGCUGAGCAAAGCGGGCGCGUGGCGAGGGCGUGGCCAGCGGGGCCCCGCGUCCCGGGAGGAGCGAGAGGACCCUUAUGCGGGACUACGUCCAAGUGUCGUUAGGGGAAAUAUUUUUUAAACAAAGGAUAUAACCGUAUUAGCUGUACAGUAAGAAAUUUAUCUGAGCAUAGAGCAUAAAGUUAGUUUUUUCAAGCAUUUAAAUACAUCUUUUGUAAGGUUUUUUAAUAAAGGCGGAUUGAGUCAAGUUUAUUUCAACUUUACAUGGAAGGGGAAGAAUAUGCUAACUGGACAUUUGAGAGAAGCUUUGAUGCGACCGUUUUUUCCUGCCGCGGAGGGUUGGUGGGUGAGGGCCGCGUCGUGGUUUUCCUGUUCCCAGACCGUGAGUUUUCAUGUUAUUGGGGGUGGACGUUGACUUUGUGAAUGUCGCCCCGUCUCAGUGCGGGCAGCUGGGCUCAAGGCUCAGACUCGCCCUCUUCUGGAUCUGAGCGGCGCCCACCACCGCCGUGGGUCCUAUCUCUAAAUGGGGACAUGGUCUCAGGAGUCCCGAGAUGCCUCCCUCUGUACUUCCAGAUAUUUUUAACUCAAGCAUUUCCAAAAGGCCAGUGCCAGGACAGGGCAAAGGGGGUGUGGGGGUGGGUGCCCGGACCUGCCUUCUGGGCUGCGUGGCGGGUCCCACGACAAUCCGAUAGCCCUGCUUCACUGCAGGCCAGCCCGGCCGGGGAGGGACGCUGGAACCCGCAGGUUUUGGUUGACGCAGGAUCUGAGGGGCAGUGAGCAGGAGCGGCCAACCAUCUCCAAGUCCACUGCUGCUUCUGGAGGGUUCUCAGGACACCUAAGCUGUGAUAGGCGAGCCUCGGGAAAGACCCGAAUUGUUUUUCUGAAAUUUGAGGUGCUUUCUGUCUGAAGUUUGCUGCGUCUUCAUUUGAGGUGUAUCGGGGGCCGAGAGUGGUGGUGGCGGAGUGGGUAGCUGCUGGGGUCCUGAGCAAAGGAGCUUGGCAGACCUUGGGCCAGGGCCGGGGGACGCGCUCCUUUGCAAAGUCCUCCCUAGGAGACUGGCUUUGCAGAACACAGCUCUGAAGGCCGCGGGGUCACGGCAGCCACCGUUGCCUGUCCUGCACAACCCACACGUGUGUGGAGUGGUUUUCAAUCCAUGGUUCCUCAUCCUCACCCUAGGACCCAAAGGGCACAGUGGGGAGCACAUGUCCUAGGUGCUGAUGGAGUGAGACCACUCUCAGAACGCUGCUCUCAAAAACAUGCACUGUUUCCAGUUUGGGUAAGUGGAGGCUCUCGGGCCGUUUUUGGUUUUCCUUUUUUGGUUAGAGGGUGCAAGAAAGAGACAGCACCUCCCCUCCCCGCUCCGACAAGGCCUGCUCAUCCUUAUUUCCGUGUCUCUCCGGCCAUCAGGACCCUGUGCAUACACGUGCGUGGAGUGGUUUUCGAUCCAUGGGGCCAGAAUUCCCGCUGUGUCAGCCAUGUGGGACCGGCUCCCUCUCCAUGGCACCACGGGGACCAGCGAGGGCAGUUUUAUGGCUUGACACACUCAGUGAAAGAUGGCUUCAUUUUUUAAAGUUUAUUUAAAUUUUUUCCAUAUGAGGGAGCUAGAGCCAGCACCCUCCACCACGGGAUGUCACACCACAGUCCGCUCAGGGCUCAGCCAACCUGAAACGUGCACACCACACCUGGAACGUCCAGGGAGGGGACAGGAUGUAAAUCUGGGGGCCCAGCUGCACCACCAUUGUGUCACCGCCUGGCCCCAAUGUCUUUUUUUUCUCUCCUCAAACUAGCUAUAGGGUAUAUGCACUCACCAGAGAGAGACCGAGACAGAAUGAUUAAGCACCCCUGGAGGGAUGGCCACGCUGCAAGCUCUUCUCCAUUCCUCUCAGGACUUGGGGCAUGCACCCAAUGCCAUUCUUAAGCCCCUAGGCCCGGGACUCAAACCGUGCAGAUGGCCCAGUGAAAUCUAGCCGCCUUAACUGCCAUGCGCUGGCUGGCCUUCUGCCUUGAAGCUAAAGCACCUAGUUAAUUUUGAAUAUCAUUUCAGGGUAGAACAUUAAAUUCUGAUUGAAGUUCGGGAUGCCAGGUCCGAAAAAAUGGAAAAGGCCUUGGGUUUUUAAUACAUAGCUCACUUUUAUUUAUUUAUUUUUUUAAAAUUUGUUAGAAGGUGUUGGAGAGAGACAAAGAGAAA